GGCUGUGGAGAGAGAAACGAGUAAUUGAAAAGAGGAGAGAGUAGGCAUGGAGAAGGAGAAUCACAGCUAGAUAGAGAGAGAAAGACUGAAGCGAAGAGGCGGUGGGGAGAGAGAAAAACCCUAGAUGGGCAUUUCCAAGCCCCCCUCUCUCCCAAUUUCUGCCCCACAACCGAUUCUCCUAUUCCCGACGGUUCUCCUCAGUCUCGUAUCGCUACUUGCCGGCGCCUCCGCCGCCAACAUCUACGAUCUCAUAUAUAAGGGCUGCGCAAACCAGCAAUUUCCCGGCGGUGGCGCCGGCGGAGCACAGCAGACCCUUGCCUCUCUAUCCUCUACCAUUAUCUCUCAAUCGGCGGCCUCCAAGUUCUACAAAACCACCACCUCAUCCUCCUCCGGCCAACCAAUCUUUGGUCUCUUCCAAUGCCGCGGCGAUCUCAGCUCCUCCGACUGCGCCGCUUGCGUUGCGAAAGCCGUUCAGAUGUGGAGCUCUCUCUGCGGAGCUACGGUGGCCGCGCGCAUCCAGCUUGCUGGCUGCUACUCGCUCUACGAGAUCUCUGGAUUUCCGCAGGUGUCGGGCACACAGAUGCUUUACAAGACCUGCGGUUCUGGUGGGGGUGGUGGGGAGGGAUUUGAGGAGAAGAGGGACACCGCUCUCUCGAGCUUGGAGAACGGGGUGACUGGCGGCGGAGGAUUCUUCGCCACUAGUUACCAAUCGGUCUACGCCAUGGCGCAGUGUGAGGGAGAUCUCUCUUCAGCUGACUGCGGCGAGUGUGUCCAGCAAGCGGUGCAGAAGUCGCAAGUCGAGUGCGGGGGGGCUAGCUCCGGCCAGGUUUAUCUUGAUAAGUGCUACAUUAGUUACAACUACUACCCCAACGGAGUUCCCCACGGCGGCGGGAGUGGCGGCGGCGGCGGCGGCGGCGGGGGUGGAGACAGCGUUGGAGGAGGUCAGCAAACAGGGAAGACAGUAGCCAUUGUAGUGGGAGGGGCUGCAGCUCUUGGAUUCCUGGUCAUCUGCCUUCUAUUUGCCAGAAAUCUAAUGAAAAAGAAAGAUGAUUAUUGAAGCUAUUGGUGCUGAUAAGUGGGGGAAAAUCGCAAUUUGAAGAGAGAAUGAAUGUUUUGUGGGAGACAGAGAUGAAUUUUUGGCCUUUUCCUCAAGCCAUGUGGAGUUUGUCUACCCACCAUCAGAAUUGGGACCAGGUGGUGAGAGUGAGGGGGAGGAAGGUAGGGAGGAUAAGAAGAGGAAAUUAUAUUUUGUUCUCUCUCCAGUUUGAGCUCACUGUUGAAGAUGCUCUAUGUUUCAUAUAAAUUUCUCUCUUUUUAAUGAGAGGAAAAUGGAUAGUCCUGAAUAUUGAUGGAUUUUUUUUUUGGAAUUAAAGAGGUUUUUCUUUAGAUAAUUAGUUUGUAAUGUGUGUUGGACCUUCUUGA